AUGUUUUAUGAUAAUGAUUCAACUGAUUGUAAAUUCAGCCAGUGUAAACUAUAUGGCAAAUUCGAAAGUACAACAGCAAAAAUCUUGGAUAACCAUACUGGAUCAUCUGAAUGUCGACCCAUUGAGAAGAAAGAAAAAAUAUCACCAUCUAUUCGAACGUUGAACGUUCUUGAAGAAACGAUACGCGAUUUGGAUCUCUACGAACAAAAGCUACUAGCUUUCUGCGGCCUAUGGGAAGACUAUCCUGAUCGUUUUUAUCAAAUGGAAUUUCGAAUUGAAAUGGGACAAUUAGUUGGUUACUCCAAUGUAAAUGGAAGUAAAGCUCUAGCAAGUUUCGAUGGGACUUUGAUCAAUAUGAUUAUCAUCUACCCACAAGAAUCGAAUCGACCUAUUGAUCAUUAUCGUGGUCGACUUGGCUGGAGUCAACAGUAUAUUGUUUGGCAAAAAGAAGAUUUUUCUCGUGAAAAUGGUUGGAAAUCAACACGACGAUGGAUUCGAAUCGAAUAA